AUGUUGGACCCGGUCACGCCCAAGCAGGAUCCGCCUGCCUUCAAUUUGAGCCCAUCUGGGCCUGCUUCUCGUACGAGUUGGACUUGGAGCACGCCAGAAAUAAAAGGGUCCCGUUCGGUGUCCACGGGCAGCCAACAAUCGAGGCAGAACGGGAGCAGAGCGGCGGCGGCGGCGAGCGAGGAGGAGAUUGAAGCGGCGAAGGAAGAGCAGAGCGGUCGAGAGGAUGUCCCUCCGGUCUCUGGGUUCCCUUCUCACCCGAAGGUUGUUGAUCCCCCGUGCGCAGGCGAACAAGGCACUAGCGCCGGCGGCAGGCGUGCCACUGCCACCACGCUCUCUCCACUCACUCGUGAGUUUUAUUUCACCCAGAGGGAUUUCGCUCUUGGUGAUGGCGCAGGCGCAGGCGCUUAUGGUGGUGUUGCCGCGGCUGCCUUAGCUGGAUUGGUUGGAAUUCUGUAUUUCAGGAAAGGUGCAGAUGAGUCAGCCGGCGAGGUGACUAAGGAGGUGACUCGGCAGGAAGCAAAGAAGCAGUUGGCUGGGGAUGGAGCCAGGAAGCAAGGGGCCAUAAAAGAGGCAGAAACCAAAGAGGACAAUGACGACGACGACGACUUCUCCUUGGAGGAGUACCUUGCUAAGAUGACGAAGAUGGCUGCUGCGCAGAAGAAGGCUCGUUACGAAAGGUCUUGCAAGAAGGCUGUCAAGGAGGAGGCGACAAACAUUGAGGCCAUCAAGGAUGAAGCAGCCAUGAAGGAUGAGGCGGCCAUGAAGGCGCGGUUCGAGGAGUGGAUCAAAGAGUAUGGCAAGAGAUACAAAAACAAGGAGGAGAAGGCUCGGCGCUAUGAAUUGUUCAAGGCGUUUGCAAAUAUGGUGGACAAGGCAACCGCAGAAGGUGGGGCUGUCUUUAUCACAAACCAUACCGCAGAUUGGACCGAGGAAGAGUGCCAGUGUCUGUAUAGUGAUAUUGACUGGGAUGACUACCUCGAUCACAUCCGGUCUUUGAUUGAUAAGAAGAAUGCCAGGGCCAAGAAGCCUAGCAGGGACUGACAGUGUGGUAUGUUGUUAGUUUUCAUCUUUGAUCCAAUGAUUAGGGAUAGGUUCACUAAAUUAGUUUUGAGUAAAUAUUUUUUAAGAAGGGCUAAAUGAUCACGUUGGCUUGAACUUCUAGAGCACAUUGGCUUCACGUUGCGUUGGUGGGACUGGAUCACAUUGUUGCUCUCUUCUGCCAGCACCAAGGUGUUGAUAAAGGAAAAACAUUCUAUGCGACGGCAGGGAAGGUGAAUCUUCCAUGCGCGCGGAUUGCGCUAGGGUGACCUCACCUCCCCCUACUGUUCAUCAUAGUAAUGAAGGUACUCAAUGCUAUGAACUCCGAGGCGAAUCGGCGUGGAAUGCUCUCUUCGCUACUGGGCAACCUAAUCAAAUUCAGAUCAUCAGUCUUUGUCGAUGACCUGGUGCUAUUCGUACUGCCAAAGCAACAAGACUUCCAUUGUAUCUGGGAGGUCCUUGAAGUCUUUGUAGGCGCUUUGGGACUACUCAGUAAUAACCUAGAAAAGUGCCUAAUCACCGAUUCGUUGCCAAGGGUGCGAGACCACUUAUCACCUGCUCACUUUGUGUGUCUUCACGCAUGAAGUUUGGUGUCAAGUUCUGCGCCAUGUACACCUUGGUUGGUUGGCACCGAGGGUGGAUGAUGAGCUUCUGCGCCAUGUACAAUUUAUAUUAGUAAUUUAUAAGUUUAUCAUAACUAGAUAAAGACUACCUAGCUAGUAGGAGUAUCUGUUAU